UCAGCAGGGGAGGAACAGGAGCUGUCUGGCCCUGGGGCACUCCCUGCACUUGCAGCAAGGAUUUGGGGAUAAACCAGAGGGUUUUGGGGCUGGAGAGAAAGAGGAGAGCUUGAAGCACCAUGGCCCGUGGCCAGGGCUGGGGACGAGCUGCUGGGUCACUUGAGGCGUGGAGAGUCGUGUGCUGGGGUGUUGUCACCUCGCUGGCUGUUGCUGCCUCAGCUCCUCACCUAGGGGAAGAUUUCAUGGUGGCCUUCAUGCAGAAUGGAUUGCAGCAGAGCCUGGACAGCGACUUCAAGCUGCUCAUCACAGGUUACUCCCCUUUCACCUCCAUCACCAUCUCCAUGAAGAAGCCUGGCAUGAGGAUGACGGUGCAAGCCACCACGGGCCAAACCAUCCUGGUGAAGAUCCCUCCUCAAGCUGAGAUGGUUGGGAGCAAGACCUUUGACAACACCAUCAAGGUGAAGGCCAACAAGGCCGUGUCCUUGGUGAUGGUGAGUGAGAAAGCCACCUCAGUUGACUCAGCUGUGGUGUACCCAGUACACACUUGGGGCACAGAGUACCACGUCGUGACACCCAACGUCGGCACCGACCGCUACGGAGAGUUCGUGGUGGUGGCUUGGGAUGAACCCACCGAGGUUGACCUUCACCUCAAAGCCACAGUGACCUACCAAGGGAGGUCUUACCCUCGAGGUUCAGUGCUUUCCAUCAAGCUGGAGCCUUUCCAAGCAGCUCAACUCCAAAGCCCAUCUGAUAUGUCCGGCACGAGGAUCGUGGCACGGAAACCCAUCACCGUCUUCACCGGCCACACGUGCUUGGCCAGGUUUGCCCAGUGUGACCAUUUACUUGAGCAGCUCCAGCCUGUUUCCAACUGGGGCACCACUUUCAUCGUGCCCCCUCUGCCUUUUGAGACUCAGUCAGACAUUGUCUAUGUCUCCACUUCUCAACCCACCCAUGUUGAGUCCCAACAUGGGGCCACCAAAACCAUCCGGCAGCUACGACCCAACCGCUCCACGUUCUACGGGCUCCAAGCCUUGAACACCUUGUACCUCAAGGCCAACACUGGCAUCCAGGUCAUUUUCUUUGCUGAUGGAGGUACCAAAGGCACCAUCUCUUAUGACCCUUUCUUUAUGACCAUCCCAGAUGUCUCCAGCUACUGCAACUCCUACAGCAUCUUUGCCCUGGAGGGUUAUGACAACUACGCCCUCCUCAUAGCCAAGACCUCAGACACCUCUGGGAUGAUGCUCAACAAAGCUCCCUGGAGGAACAUUGAGUGGAAACCCAUCCCUGGCACGGAUUAUGCCUGGGCUGGGCAGAGUUUGGGUGCCCAAUUUGCUGUCCACAAGGUGGAACAUGAGACGUCACCCUUUGGGUUGCUCAGCGUUGGGAUCCGGGAUCAAAGAGCCUACGGCUCGGCGGCUGUUUGUGACAGUGACCCCUGCAGGCUGGUGAAGUGCCGCCCGAAGGAGACGUGCAGGACGGAGAAGGGGGAGGCCGUGUGUGCCCACGACUACAUGGGCACCUGCAUGGGCUCCCAGAGCCUCCAGUACCACACCUUCGAUGGUGUGGCUGUGGACAUCCGUGGUGGCUGCUCCUACACCCUGGCCAGGUCCUGUGGGGAUGACCCUGGGCUGGUGCCUUUCGUUGUGGAGGAGGAGAAGAGAGGGGAAGGUGACUCGGGGGAGUCGUUGGCCAACGUCUCUGUGUACUCCUACAACAUCUCCAUCCACAGAGGAGGAGGAGGAGGCAAAGUCCAGGUCAACAACAAACCCACCAGCCUCCCAACCACCCUGGAGGAAGGGAAAGUCCAGAUCUCCCAGAACGAAGGUCGCAUCACCCUGCAAACAGACUUUGGGCUGCAGGUGACCUAUGAUGAGGACUGGGCCAUCAUGGUGGCUGUACCCAGCAGCUACUUUGGGGCAACCUGUGGGCUCUGUGGCAACUUCAAUGAGGACACAGAGGAUGAGGCAACGCUUCCAGAUGGCACCCAAGCUGCCAGUGGGGAGGAUUGGGCUGAGAGUUGGAGAGAUCCAUCAUGCCAAGAUGAUUGUAGAGACCAAGGCAUGGCAGGAUGUGGUGAGUCAGCUCCCAGGUGCCCCCCAAACAGCCACUUUGAGUCCUGUGGGGUCUCCUGUCCUGCCACAUGCUCUGAGCCCGAUGCUCCAGCCUCCUGCAGCUCUCCCUGCGCCGCCGGCUGCCGCUGCGACCGCGGCUUCGUCCUACACAACGGCACCUGCGUGGCAGCUGAGACCUGUGGCUGCCUCCACCACAACCGAGCCUACAGAGCUGAGGAGGAGUUCUGGGAGGAUGGGACGUGCCAGAGGCGUUGCAAGUGUGAGGUUGGGGGUGAAGUGGUUUGCAGGAAGGCUGGCUGCAAAGCCCAUGAGAGGUGUGUGGUGGCUGGUGGCGUCGCCCGCUGCCAGGCUGCCAAGUUCUUCACUUGCAUUGGCACUGGGGACCCUCAUUACACCACCUUUGAUGGGUUGAGAUAUGACUUCCAAGGCACCUGCAUCUACCAGUUUGCUGCCCUCUGCAGCCAGGACCCAAAACUGGUCCCUUUCACCGUCAAGGUGGAGAACAACAACCGGGGGAGCAAAGCUGUCUCCUUCACCAAAACCGUCACCUUGGAGGUCUAUGGCAACACCAUCAGCAUGAGCCAGGAGCAUCCACGUAAGGUCAAGGUCAACGGUGCCUUCGUGGAGCUGCCCUUCACCCAGCAAGGCCAAUUCGACCUCUACCACAGCGGCGUCCACGGCUUCGCCCGCACGGCCUUCGGCUUACGGCUCAGCUUCGACUGGUACAGCUACGCCAGAGUCAUCCUCCCCGAGUCCUACGGCGGCUCAGUCUGUGGCUUGUGUGGCAACGCCAAUGGUGACCCCGGUGAUGACUUCCAGAGGCGUGAUGGCAACCGGGCUGGGGAUGAGAUUGACCUGGCAGACAGCUGGAAGCUCGCCGACGUCCCUGGUUGCUCAGCUGGUUGUACCGGCGACUGCCCGGCGUGUGGUGAAGAAGGGAAGCGGCUCUACCGGGGUGAUGGGUACUGUGGGGUGAUGGUGAGGGAUGGGGGACCCUUCCGGCACUGCCACGGCCUCCUGGACCCGGCGCCGUUCCUGGAGGAUUGUGCCUUUGAUGCCUGUCACUACAAAGGGCACCGGGACACGCUGUGUAGAGCUGUAGCCGCCUACGUGAGCGAGUGCCAGAGUCGUGGUGUGGUGGUGGAGGAGUGGAGGAGUCCGGACUUCUGUGGUCCCUCCUGCCCCCAACACUCUCACUACGAGCUCUGUGGCACCAGCUGCCCUGCCACAUGCCGAGGCCCCGUGGCUCCUGAGGACUGCAGCUCAGCUCUGUGCACUGAAGGUUGUUUCUGUGACCAGGGCUUUGUCCUGAGCGGUGAUGAGUGCGUGCCAGUCGGUGAGUGUGGCUGUGAGCACGGCGGCCGCUACCACAAGAAAGGAGAGGAGUUCUAUGCCUCGUGCCAGGAGAAGUGCCACUGCAAAGCUCAAGGAGUGCUGGAGUGCCAGGAAGCUUUCUGCAAUGCCCAUGAGGAGUGUAGGGUGGAAGAUGGGGUGUUGGGGUGUUACCCGGCUGGCUACGGGCGGCUGGUGGUGUCGGGGGACCCUCACUACGUCACCUUUGAUGGUAGAGCCUUUGACAUCAUGGGUUCUUGCACCUACGUCCUGGCAAAGCUCUGCAAGCCAGAGUCCAGGCUCACCAACUUCUCAGUGCUGCUGGAGCAUGAUGUGGGAGGCCGUGGCAACGUGGCCAUGAUGAAGAGGGUGAUGGUCUUCGUCCAUGGCUACAGGGUCAGCAUGGAGAGGGGACGCAAGUGGGAGGUGAUGGUGGACGGGCAGCUCCACACUCUGCCUCUGCUCACCCAAGGCAGGACGCUCCGGUUGGGCCAAGAAGGCAACAACAUCGUCCUCCAAACCUCCAGCGGCCUCCGGCUCCUCUACAACGCGGCCACCUACCUCCUGCUCACCAUCCCCGACUCCUACCGCGGCCACGUCUGCGGGCUGGGUGGCAACUACAAUGGGGACCCUGGUGAUGAUUUCCAGCUGCCUGGUGGGUCCCUGGCGCAGAGCACCGAGGAAUUCAUCACCUCCUGGAAGGUGCCAUCGGAGGACGGCGCCUGCACCGACGGCUGCUCCGGCAAAGGCUGCCCGGGCUGCGCCGCCGCCGCCGCCGCUCCCUACGGCGCCGCCGAUUCCUGCGGGCUCAUCCGAGACCCAAACGGACCUUUUGGGUCCUGUCACCCAAAAGUGAGCCCUGUGGAGUAUUUCAACCACUGCCUCCACGACCUCUGCGUGGCCGACGGCGACCGCCACGUCCUGUGCCACAGCCUCCAGGCCUACGCCGCCGCUUGCCAAGCUGCCGGCGCGCAGAUCCAAGCCUGGAGAACCACCAGAUUCUGCCCCCUCUCCUGCCCAGCCCACAGCCACUACGAGCUCUGCACCCGGACCUGUGACUUCACCUGUGCCAGCCUCUCCGUGCCAGCCCCGUGCAGUUGGACUUGCUUUGAGGGCUGCCAGUGUGAUGAUGGGUUCCUCUUCGAUGGUGAAAGCUGUGUGUCCCUGGAGCAGUGUGGUUGCAUGCACCAGGGGAGGUACUUCAAGGUGGGUGAGACCAUCAUCUCCAACAACUGCUCCAGGACAUGCACUUGCCACCCAUCCCAGGGCCUCGUCUGCAAGGACCACCAGUGUCCCCUGGACGAGGUGUGCACCACGCAGGAUGGAGCCCAGCGCUGCGUGAGGCGGGAGGGACGGUGCCUGGUGUCCCCUGGAGCCUCCUUCAGCACGUUUGACGGCGCUGGGGGAAAGCUCUGGGCCAGUGGCACGUACAAAGUGGCUGCUCUUUGCAACGAGAAGUCACCCAACUGGUUCAAGGUGGUGGUGGACGUCAGUGAGUGCCGGGACGACGGCGUGGCCGGGGCCGUGGCUGUCUUUGUGUUCUUCAGGGAGGCUUUUGUCACCGUGAAUAGCAACAUGGAGGUGUGGGUCAAUGGCCUCUUCACCCACCUUCCAACCACCGUGUCCAAAGCCAUCUCCUUGAGCAAGCUGGAGAGGAACAUCAGCAUCUCCCACCCAUCAGGGAUGGAUGUGCUCUUCAGCCCCAGUGGAGAGGUGACAGUGACUGCAGGAUCCUCUUUGGUCAACCAGCUCUGUGCUCCUUGUGGCAACUUCAAUGGUGACCCCAAAGAUGACCUGAAGCUGCCCAAUGGCCAAGCUGUGAGGAGCAUCGCAGAGGUCAUCGAUGCCUGGAAAGCCAGGGACUUUGCAGGAUGCGACUGACACACAAAAGCCAAGGAGAUUGUUCUGCCUCAGCUCCAACCUCGUGAGGACGGAGGUGGAAGCUCCUGUCUACCCCAUGAAGUAGGAGAAGACCUGAGGCGACGCUUUCCCCACGCCCACGCUCGUGCUCAGCUUCUAAACACUCCUUGCAGAGCUUCUUUGUGCCUCCAGAAGCACCCAGAGAGCACCUUGGGUUGAGCUUCUGCCAGCUGACAAGGAACCACCAGCACUGGAAAGGGAAGGGAGGGGGGUCUGAUGGAUGUUGGGAGCAACAGGUUGCAUGGCCUCAAAUAUCCACCAAGAGACAAGAGGCAAAACCCUUUGAUCUGGCCUCAAAUAUCCACCAAGAGACAAGAGGCAAAACCCUUUGAUCUGGCCUCAAAUAUCCACCAAGAGACAAGAGGCAAAACCCUUUGAUCUGGCCUCAAAUAUCCACCAAGAGACAAGAGGCAAAACCCUUUGAUCUGGCCUCAAAUAGGUGAGGAAAUAGGCAAAAGGGAGAGGGGGAAAAGGGGUAUUUCAAAGCCCUGACCUGCUUCAGGUAAAGCCCAAAGCUGAGAUGAUCCAUCUGCAAAGGAUUGGCCUGAAGGGAAGGGAGAGGAAUGCCUCGAGUUCAAAACAGAUGGGAAGGUGGAGAGCAAGAGAGCCAAAGCCCAGCUUUUCCUCCCCCAAAAACGUGCUUCUCCUGUCCCCUGCCCUCAGUGCAACGCUGCCUGCUGGGGGGUGAAUCAGUAAAACCCUUCUGACA